GAAAGAUGACUUCAGCACUGUGGGUAUUAAUUUUUUCUCUUUUGGUGUUUCACCAGGCUUCAGCUUUAUUUUUGGAAGAGAACUGUGGAGUCGUUGAUUCGAAAACCAAUUUCUAUCCUUGGCUGGCAAAAGUUGGAACUAAAGUUAAUAAUGAAGUCAUAUGCACUGGAACGCUUAUUCAAAAAAGAAAUGUCCUAACAACAGCAAGUUGCUUGGUAGACAGAGAAGAACUGGUGGUUUGCUUGGGGAAGUGUGAAAGCUCUAUGACAGAUAAUCGCUAUGAAGUGCACGAUGUCAUUAUGGUCUUCAUUCACGAGUCAUAUCUAUCAAGCAGCCAUCAGAAUGAUAUUGGUUUGCUGAGGUUGCCAACGAAUGUCGAGUAUAAGCCGCAUAUAAAACCGAUGUGCAUUGUGCUGAAUCCCCAACAGACUUGGCCUAAGUCCCGCAUCAAUAGCUUUCUGUUUGGCCUAAACUCAAAACAAAAAUCUUAUAAAUUCUUAUGUUCCGGGCUACCCUGUAAGUCCGUUGGGAACCCAUUGAGCAUAAUGUCCAAGACGAAGAAUGUUAUCCAACAUGGAAUCCUAAGCUAUCGUAAUGCCACCACCUAUGGCUUAGUUUAUACCAAUGUCAUGGCACAUGUCGAAUGGAUAACAUCACGAGCUCUAGAUGUCGAUGUUAUUUUAUCAAAUUAUUCGCCAGUAAAUUAAAAUAUUGAGCAGAAUUAUUGCGUAAAACCUUUUAUAUCGUAUUUAAUGAUGUUCACAAGGACUACGUGUAUUUGUUAAAUAUGGAAAUAUAUUAAUUAAUCACCUUGAUUUUAAGUUAUAUUGCUCAAUUACCAGUUUUAUGUCUAAUCAUAUCUGGAUUUAUCUGGUUUUAGCUAGAUUUCAUAUUACAUUCGACUAUUUGUUAAGGUUCCCCAUUCUGCAUUUUAUAGAAAAUAUUCGAAAUAUUUCGAUAAAGAAGAGACUAAAAAGAAGAUCUGUAAAACCGAUUAUUCAUCGAUAUCCCCUCACUGCCGGCUGCUUAUCAGUUUCAG